CGCCCCGCGGCUGCCGGCGGGCCGGCCCGGGGGGACUGGGGCCGUACCGCCACGCAGGCCCAGCCCCUCGGCCCAGCGGCGGCAGUGCCACGCCGGCGGCCUCCCGCAGGCGACAUGGGCCGCGCGGUGACCCUGCUCCUCCUGCCGCUGGCCCUGCUGGCGGCCCCGGCGCAGGCCGCAGGCGGCGCGGCGGCGGCGGCGGAGGAGGAGGAGGUUAAAAUAGAGGUGCUGCACCUCCCCGAGACCUGCAGCCCGAAGAGCAAGAAGGGGGAUCUGCUGAACGCGCACUACGACGGUUUCCUGGCCAGCGACGGAUCCAAGUUUUACUGCAGUCGGACGCAAAAUGAAGGUCAUCCAAAAUGGUUCGUUCUGGGUGUUGGACAAGUCAUAAAAGGGUUAGAUAUUGCUAUGAUGAAUAUGUGUCCUGGAGAGAAACGGAAAGUGAUCAUUCCUCCAUCACUAGCAUAUGGACAGCAAGGAUACGCACAGGGCAAGAUUCCACCAAAUGCAACAUUGAUUUUUGAGAUUGAACUUUAUGCAGUAAACAAGGGACCUCGCAGUGUUGAAGCAUUUAAUCAGAUAGACAAGGACAGUGACAGAAAACUCUCUGAACUUGAGAUAAGCCAGUAUUUGAAAGAAGAAUUUGCAAGAGAUGGCAAAAAACGUCAUCCCUCAGUCCAUGAUGAAAUCUUAGCUGAUAUAUUUAAGAAGAAUGACCAUGAUGGAGAUGGUUUCAUAUCAGCAAAGGAGUACAAUGUCUACCAGCAUGAUGAACUCUAAGUACUUAAAAAAAUAUUUGUCUCUGUUCUGGACACUGAAGUAAUACUACUUUGUCAUAGAAAUUUUGUAUUUUUUUUUAUAGUGGCAUCUUUUUAUAUCUCUUAAGGUGACUGUAAAAAUCUUAUUUUUAACAUUCAAUUAAUAAAAUGUGUUAGAUAUCUCAAAAGAAAGAAAUAAAAUUGGAAAACACCAUGAUCUAUUAUUUUAA